AUGUCAGCCAACGAGUCCGCAGAAGUCGUGGCAUCUGUGCCCGCAGCUACCAAUGGCGAAGUGAAGCCCGAAGCUCCCGUUGCUGAGAACCAGAUCGAGACCCCUAAGACAGAGGACGAUUUCCCCAAUUCCGCCGCGGACGGUCUGAUCAAGAAGCCAUUCGCCAAUCCCCUCGAGACCGCCAAGCCCGUGAAGCCGGCGGAGUUGACCGCGGAUCAGCAAGCCAAAUAUGAGACCGUCCUCAAGGCCGUCUCGGCAUGGACCACCGUGCCGAAUACCUCUGAGAAGAACGCCCCUACAGCCCCGAUCACCGAUGACGAGCGCAUGUGGUUGACCCGCGAGUGUCUCCUCCGAUACCUUCGUGCCACCAAGUGGAAUACGACAGAGGCUGAGACCCGGAUCAAGCGUACGUUGACCUGGCGCCGGGAGUAUGGCAUGGAGAAGUUGACCCCCGACUAUAUCUCCAUUGAGAACGAGACGGGUAAACAGGUCAUUCUGGGCUAUGAUAACAAUGGUCGGCCAUGUCUCUACCUGCGUCCUUCCAAGCAGAAUACCGAGAAGAGCGAGCGCCAGAUUCAGCACCUGGUCUUCAUGCUUGAGCGAGUCAUUGACCUCAUGGGUCCUGAUCAGGAAACACUGGCACUUGUGAUCAACUUUGGCGAAUCCAAGUCCGGGCAGAACGCCUCCAUUGGCCAGGCGAAGAAUACCCUGGAUAUUUUGCAGAACCACUACCCCGAAAGAUUGGGACGUGCUCUGAUCAUCAACUCGCCGUUCUAUGUUUGGCCAUUCUUCAAGAUCAUCACGCCUUUCAUUGACCCGGCCACCCGGGAAAAACUCAAGUACAACGAGGACUUGCGUAACCACGUACCUUCCCAGCAGCUCUUGAAAUCCGUCGGCGGUGAUGUGGAGUUCGAGUACGACCACCUCAUCUACUGGCCCGCUCUGAACAAGUUGGCUGAACAGCGCCGUGAAGCCAAGCGUGAGCGUUGGUGCCAAAGUGGCAAGCAGGUUGGCGAGCUUGAGAACUACCUCAAGGGCCAGGAUAUUCCCAGCGCGUCGCAGGGUACUAGCGCCGACAACUAG